AUGGCGAGCGCUUUCGAUGACAUCACUCGCCAGUUUCUCAGGCGCAACUAUGACGUGUUUGACCGUGACAAAAUUGGGCGUGUGCCCCUAGCGGAUCUCCUCACUCUUCUGCAGAUCUGUGGGGCCACACCCUCCGAGUCGGACGUAGAGAACUGGAAAAAUGAGGCGGAUCCUGAUGGACGUGGGUCUAUGAACUUUGAGGGCUUUUGUCGCGUGAUGAUGAUAGCUUUUCAAAACAUGAAGACUGCGCGAGAGCUUAAGAGCGCAUUUCAGGGACUUGAUCCUGAUGGCAAAGGGCUUUUGUCGCAAACUGAGCUGCGCUAUUACCUGACGAGUUACGGUGACUGCUUGAGUACAGAAGAAAUGAACGAGUUUGUUGAGGAGAUGCGGUCUGAGAUGGACAUGGAGGGCAACUUUGUCUACUCUGACUUGGUUUACAAGAUGACCCCCGAAAUGUUUCAUUGA